AGUUUAUUGGGAUCACAGGCCAAUGGGUAUUAAUGGACAACAAAAUAAUGGUAUGAGUGAUUGGCCAUAUUUUGAGCCAAAUGUACCAAGAAAUGUAACAACAGCAAUUGGUCAAACAGCAUUUUUGCAUUGUCGAGUUUAUCAACGCAGUGACAAAGAGGUAUCUUGGAUGCGAAAACGUGAUAUGCAUAUAUUAAGUGCUGGAAUAUCGACAUAUACGUCUGACUUGAGAUUUCAAGUGAUUCAUCCAGACAAGUCAGAGAAUUGGACUUUGCAGAUAAAGUCACCACAACUACGGGAUUCAGGCAUUUAUGAAUGCCAGGUCAGCACUGAGCCAAAGAUGUCACUCAACUAUACGCUCAACGUGGUCGAAUCUCGAGCAAGGAUACAGGGACCAUCUGAUAUUUAUCUCAAAACAGGUAGUUUACUAGUAUUGACCUGUGUCAUGUCACAAGGACCACAUGAUUUAGGUACAGUUGCCUGGUAUCGUGAUAAUCAAGCAGUUGUAACAUCACCACGAAAUGAAAAUGACAUUGAUGCUGAACCAAGAAUAACAGUAGAAACUGAAUGGAGUGAUGCUUUGACAUCAAGAUUAAGGAUUACCUAUGCUAAAACAAGUGAUUCUGGUAACUACAGUUGUGUGCCAACCGUUGCUCAGAGAUCGAGUGUUAAUGUUCACAUAAUAAAUGGUGAACAUCCUGCGGCAAUGCAACAUGGGAACACUGCUGUCGGCGCGCCAACACCAGGAGCUUACCUCCUUCUUGUUCUCAUACUGGGCCAAUUCAGAUAAUAUGAUACACCAGAGGUUUAAUGUAAAAAUGGGUAGUAUGGAUGUUGCGAAUAUUUCAAAUGUGUAUGUGUAUAGAAAUUUAAAAAAAUUUUAUUUAAAUAAAUUAUUGAUAUAAUUGUAAGAAAAAAAAAAAAAUAUUGACAGACCGAUAGGUAAUAUAACUGUAAAAAGAAAAAUAUUAAAUUUAAGUUUAAAAAUGAUGAAAAAUAUAAUACAGAAACAAAUUUUAAUAAAAAAAAAAAUGAAAUAAAGUAUGAAGGUAAUUUGUUCUCCUUAUGUAUAGACUGCGAUUAGUAACAUAUUGAAUCAAAAGAUGAAGAAAAAAAAUUUUUUUGAAUAUAAUGAAAAGUGAAAUAACAAAUUAAUUAAUUUGGUGAGUCUUGUAGACGCGAUUGCUCAAGGAACUUGAUAAUAUAUUUAUCGUUGAGUGUUAUUUUAUGGGGGAAAAUGUUUUUUUUUUAAAUAAAAAUGAAAUAUGAGAUGAAAAGGGAAAAAAAAAAAAUGAAAAUAAGCAUGAAGGUGUGUGUUUUUGAAGGCAAUGUUUCUUCGUUCAUUUUCAAGACAAUUAAAAUUACGUUAAAAAGUUUUUCUCAGCCAAGCAUCUAGCAUCCUUUUAGGAAGUUGACAAGAAUCAUUUUUUUUUUUAUUUUUCAUUUCUUUUUUGUUUCAUUAAUUUUAUAUUUUUUUUUUAACUCAAAAAAAUGAUGAAAGGAGAAUAAAAAAAAAAAAAACAUUUUAAAAGCGAAAAUAAAAGAUAAAAAAGAGUGACGUAUAUAUAUUUAAAAUUUUAUUUUAUUUCUAAUACAUUAUACUUGCUGGAAUUGAUUAUACUUUUUUUUUUUUUUAUUUUUCUUUCAUCAAAAAUUUAGCUUCACUCUGAAUAACACGGUGUUUAAUGUCAACUUAAAUGUCACAUUAUAAAAGCAUAAAAAAAAAAAUAAAUAAAUACAUUAAAAAAUAAUAAAAAAUCAUUGAAUUAAAAUUGAUAAAAUAAACAGCAAAAAAAAAAAACAAAUUCAAUCACUUUAUAUAGGUGACAAAUAGUAAAAAUUACAUCCUCAAAAUGACACGUUAAAAUAAAUCCAUAAAAGUAAAAGAAAUAAAUAAUAAAAAAAACUACAUAUGUAUAAGAAAAAAUAAAAAAAAAAAUAUUAUUAACGAAAAAAAAAUCAAGUAAAUAAACAAAUAAAAAAAAAAAAAAAACAGAUACUAUUUAAGAGCGCAGUCAAAGCAAUGACUUACUAUGACAAAAAAAAAAAAAAAAAAAAAAAAAAAAAAAAACGAAUAAAACCCCCAUUUUUAUUUUCUGUACGAUACAGUUAUUCCACUGUUUAUUCCACUCUCAUCUUGUUUUUAAAUCCCCCACAAUUUCAACCUUGUAUAUAUAAUAUUUUACUCUUGUAAAUAAAUUUAUCCAUAUGGACAAUGAAAAAAAAAAAAAAACCAAUAAU